GGUACGAACAAUCGAUGAAUGCUGAUAAGAAAAAUACGACCUCAGCUGGGUCUAGAUUGUCCGGGCCGUAUAAAUACUCGCGCGAGUUCACCGCCGCUCAAAGGAGCCACGGGAUCGGAUCGGUUGUUCUCGCGACUACGACGACGACGACUCGUCGCGGGAAGGAAAGCGAAAAAGAAAGAGAGCUCGAGUGAUAGUGCGUAUAUAGCUGCAGCCAAGACGAAUAAGAAAGAGAGAGAGUCAGCUGCGGACGAAUCGUUAUGUGGCAAGAAGAAACAGAUUGCGGACUGCUACGGAGGUAAAUUCAUCACGCGUGCGUGCCUCGCACGCAGAUCUGCACACGAGUGCUGCUGCUGAGGCCCCCGAGGCGAGAACCGAGCAUAUACCAGGCAGAAGCGAGCCGAACUUAGCAGACUACGCUUCGACGUUGUGCACGUUGGAGCGCGCGCGAUCUUUGACGUUACAGUCGGCCCGCGCGCGCGAUAUGAGCCGCAGUCGAUGCCUCGGCGUGCUUAUAAGCUCGUAACAAUAAUACGGUGAAAACACGAGUGUCAGUGCGCGAUUAGCGGCUCCAGAGCCUGUGAGAAUUCAUCGAUCGAUCGACGAUCGUCAUGGUCCUUCGUAGCAUCGACUUUACAGCGAUCGUCGUCAGUGAGUGGUAGGUUCGCGAGCUAAAUUUGGCCGAUCGGUAUACACCGUCGACGUUUCCGCUGCCUUCGGGCUUCUAUCGAGGGAGAUCGUCGUUGUGCCUUUCGAGAGAGCAAGACUCGAAGAAGUUGGAGCGUGGACGCCCAACCGCCGACACACCACCAACAUGUCGUUCCACAGAGAUUACGACUACGAGGACUAUGGCCUGGGUUACCAAAACACCUUGAUGUAUGGUCGCUACACCAAGGAUCUCGGCGAAUACGCAAAGGAAGAGGCCCGCAAACUUCGACGCGAACGAUUGGCUCGCAAGAACAUCGACAAGGUACGCGUCGAGGAGCUCAGCAAGACCAGACGCGGACCGCUAUGUCGCAAGUUUCUGUCAUUGCUGGCAGUGAUAUGGAAGCACACCGGCGCGCGACUCGGCGAGGACUGGGUGUUCCUGGCGCUGCUCGGCGUCAUCAUGGCCCUCAUCAGCUACGCCAUGGACCGAGGAAUAUCCAUGUGCAAUAACGCCAGGAUAUGGUUGUAUCAGGACCUCACAUCUCACAAGGCGUUGCAGUAUUUGGCGUGGGUCGUACUGCCCGUCUGUCUGAUACUCUUCAGCGCCGGUUUCGUCCACAUCGUGGCUCCCCAGAGCAUCGGAUCCGGAAUACCCGAGAUGAAGACCAUCCUGAGAGGCGUGGCUCUGAAAGAGUACCUCACGUUCCGCACACUCAUCGCCAAAGUCAUCGGACUGACGGCUACCCUCGGAUCGGGUCUGCCCGUUGGCAAGGAAGGUCCGUUCGUGCACAUAGCAAGUAUAGUCGCCACACUGCUGUCCAAGAUGGUGACGAGCUUCAACGGCAUCUACGAGAACGAGAGCAGAAACGGCGAGAUGCUGGCGGCGGCCUGCGCCGUGGGUGUCGCCUCGUGCUUCGCCGCCCCGAUCGGCGGUGUCCUCUUCAGCAUCGAGGUAACCACCGUCUACUUCGCCGUGCGCAACUACUGGCGAGGCUUCUUCGCCGCCGUCUGCGGCGCCACCAUGUUCAGGCUGCUGGCCAUUUGGUUCCAACGCGAGGAGACCAUAACGGCCAUGUUCAUCACCAACUUCACCAUGGACUUUCCCUUCGAUCCGCAAGAGCUCUUCGUUUUCGCGGUCAUUGGGCUCGUCAGUGGGGCGUUGGGCGCCUUCUAUGUCUGGCUCCACAGACAGUACGUCAUAUUCAUGCGCAAAAACAAGAGCAUGAAUCGCUUUUUGCAAAAGAAUCGCUUCUUGUACCCUGGCAUUGUUUCGCUGCUGGUGUCCUCUAUUUCGUUUCCUCUGGGUCUCGGCCAAUUCAUGGCCGGCGAUUUGAACACUCACGAUCAAGUGCACGGGCUUUUCACUAAUUUUACGUGGACCAAAGAAGAUUUGAAUGUCGAGGAGAGAAAUGUAGUUAAGCACUGGUCGACUGAGAGCACUAACGUAUUCGUCGGACUUUUAAGUUUUACUGCUUAUACGUUUAUUUUUUCAAUCAUCAGUUCAACUGUACCUGUGCCGUCAGGCAUAUUCAUUCCAGUUUUCAAGAUAGGAGCCGCUCUGGGUAGGGCGAUCGGCGAAGCCAUGGCUUUGCAAUUUCCAAAUGGCGUUCGAUACGGAGGCAUAAUAACGCCAAUUGUACCGGGUGGUUACGCUACGGUCGGCGCGGCGGCUUUUUCCGGUGCCGUCACCCACACUAUAUCGGUGAGCGUGAUAAUCUUCGAAAUGACCGGUCAGAUCACGCACAUCGUGCCAAUGAUGAUAGCCGUGCUCAUCGCCAAUGCCGUGGCGGCCCUGUUGCAGCCGAGCAUAUACGACAGCAUCAUACUGAUCAAGAAGCUGCCUUAUCUACCGGACCUCUUGCCGUCUGGCUCAGGAAUGUACAAUAUUUAUGUCGAAGAUUUUAUGAUAAGGGAUGUCAAACAUAUUUGGCAUGGAAUAUCAUAUCAAAAGCUGAAGGAGGUACUCAAAGAAAAUAGAAAACUUCGGGGACUGCCGCUGGUUGAUAGCCCUGAUAAUAUGAUAUUGUUAGGGUCCAUUCAAAGACUUGAACUAAUCAAACUUAUAGAAAAGCAUAUAGGAAGAGAAAGAAGAUUACAGGUUGCCCAAAGACUUCAUAAAGAAGCAGAAGAACGAGCGAAAGAAGAGCUGGAAAGACAAAUUAAAGAGCAAGAACGAGCACGCAGACCAUCGCGUUUUGAAGUAAUUCCAGCUCCUGAUAUUUUAAAAAUGCAACGCCAGAGUGUCAAUGAUUUGACAAUGUCACCAGGCAAUGGAAUAGAUCACCACACGUUUCAUUCGCCGGUAUUUGGCACUCAACCGAAAAAGUCAAUUCUCAAAAAGACUAACUCAUUCACCCUCAAAGGCUUUAGUCCACUGAUCAGCCCAUCUGUGACACCUUACACAACCGUCACUGGAGCUGAAAGCAGGAUAAGAUUAGCAUUCGAGGCAAUUUUCCGUAAAUCUGCAACCCUUCAGGAUGUUGAUCCAGACCCUGAGCUCGGCGAAGCUGGUAUUACGAAUAAUCGUCGAGAGAGUAUAGACGGUACUAUGCAACCAAUGCUUACUCCAAGCCCCGCCGUUUCAAAAAAAGUUCAAUUGCCACGUGAAAGAGUAAUAGAUAUGUCUCCCGAAGACCAAAAGCGGUGGGAAGAACAGGAAAUGGCAUUGGAAGUCGACUUUUCACACAUCCAUAUCGACCCAGCACCGUUUCAAUUGGUCGAAAGAACAUCAUUGCUCAAAGUCCACAGUCUUUUUAGCAUGGUUGGCGUGAAUCGCGCUUACGUGACCGCUAUUGGUCGACUUGUGGGUGUCGUUGGUUUGAAAGAAUUGCGGAAAGCUAUUGAAGACGCAAACGCUGGCAUUUUACCGGCGCAAUCCAGUGGCGAGAAUACCCAUACGACCGCUUCGGAGGCUAGCCUGACCAGGAGUAGCGAUGUGGAAUCGUCGAUCGACUCGUCGGUCAAAAAUCAAUUGGGUUCCGCGGUCAUUACAAUACCACCGAAUACCGAUGACUUGAAUAAAAUCGAAACAGUCUGAUACUGCUGCGCCGAGCUCUCGAGUGACUUAUUUACAAGUGCACAUCGCUUCAGGGAUCAAAUAUAUGAAAUAAUAUAAUUGUGAUAGUCACGCCAAAACGUGGCCAGUGUUUGUACCCUAGCCAGUAAUGUCCUUCAUUUUACUGCUGCUGCAUAGCACGCAUUGUUAUAUACGAUGGAAACUUCGUAUUUUUAUCCAAAAAAUUGUUAUGUUUAAGAGAAAAUCCGUGAAACUUGAAUGGUAUCUUUCAAUUUAUACAAAAUCACGGAAAAUUUUUAUUAAUUGUCAGUCAUAUUAAUGACUUAUUUUAUCCGUCAUAAAAAUGACACUUGCAUAAUGACGAAAAUGGUUGUUUAAAAUUUUUAAAAAAAUAUUUUUAUGAAAAAAGAAUAGAGUUAUAAAUGAGCAUGCUCGAAUGUAGACUGACAGCAUUUCGUUGACUUACGAUUCGGGCAAAAUAACGAUUUGGGCGAUAAGUUAAAUGAUCAUUAUUCAUAAUUUGAAUAUUUUAAUACUUGAAAUGUAAACGAAAAUACUUUUGUCAAAAUUUCACGAAAGUAAAUUUCUUGAUUAUCGCCAUUUUGAACAGAAUCUCAAAUAUUUUAAAACUCUUACCAACAUCUGUUUAAAACCCUGAUUUAUACGUACUUAAUUCAAUACUGUUGCGAAGAUACUCUUAUUAUAUAAAUAAAAUUGUAAUCAAAAUUAAUUUAUGUUUUUACUGAUAACUUCAUAAAUGAUUUUCGAGGAAAUUUUUAUUUUAUUGCUUUCAAAUCUUUAUGAAAAAAAAAGGAUAAAAUUCCGUUGAAAAUGUUCAUUUUUAUAAUAACUACGGAAUCUUUACGAAUAAAAAGUAAUUGAACUAUUCUAUAGAUGUUUUGCAUUAUUCAAAAUAAGUGGCUAAACGUGUCAGUCUACAUAUCCAUAGUUAUGCUAAAGACACGUUUUUAAACAUGCAAGCAAGGUUUUACGCGCACUUACAAGAAAUAUAUUUUAAAUUAUUAAGUGGAUACAACAAUUAUAAAAAAUCAAGUUAAAAUUUCAUUUCUAAAACUUAUUCUUAAGCUUGAAUUUUACGUAAGAUCUCGUUAGAAAAUUUCUUAACUGGCAUGCUUGUAUAAGUGUAAAAACGAAUAAUGAAAAUCUCAAGUUACAUCUACGAAAAAUAGAACCUCUCAAACGUCUUAUGGUCUAUGUUGUAAAUAGAAGAAAAUGUUUGAGAAUCAAUUUUUAAAACUAUUGAACUGAUAAUACAGUAAAGUUGUAUUUAAAUAUCUAAGAUGAAUUAGCGAAAUUUUUAAUUUUAAUUAUAAUUAUUGCGUUAAUAGAUAAAUCUUCAUAAGCAUCCAAUAAUUCAAACACGUAUUAAAUAAAGUUUGAAGAUUUCUUUUUAGUUCUACCAUAAUAUUUGUUUCGCUCAAUUUUUGCAUGGACAAAUAUAUUAUACAUUUUUACGCAUGUUUAUAAGAAUAUUUUACAUUCCAUCCAAAGUAAGAAAAAUGUAGUCAUCUGAAAUAUUACUGAUACCAAACUCUAGUUUCUGAGGUACUAUUCUCAAUCCUAUUUGUAAAUAGUCUGUAUUGUUUUAGAAAUGUUUCAUUAAAAGAUAAAAAU